GGGGGCGGACUCCCGGCGGGGCGGGCUCACCAUGGCCGAGGACGGCGGGGAGGCGGAGUUCUGCUUCACAGCGCUCUAUAUAAGCAGCCAGUGGCCGCGGCUGCGCGGUGAUACUGACCUUCAGUGUGUCGCCUCCAGCGCCAUGGCGCCCUCCAGGAAGUUCUUCGUGGGGGGGAACUGGAAGAUGAACGGGCGGAAGAAGGUUCUGGGGGAGCUCAUCAGCACUCUGAACGCAGCCAAGGUGCCGGCCGACACCGAGGUGGUUUGUGCACCCCCUACUGCCUACAUCGACUUCGUCCGGCAAAAGCUAGAUCCCAAGAUUGCUGUGGCUGCGCAGAACUGCUACAAAGUGACUAAUGGGGCCUUUACUGGGGAGAUCAGCCCUGGCAUGAUCAAAGACUGUGGAGCCACAUGGGUAGUCCUGGGGCACUCAGAGAGAAGGCAUGUCUUUGGGGAGUCGGAUGAGCUGAUUGGGCAGAAAGUGGCCCAUGCUCUGUCAGAGGGACUCGGAGUAAUCGCCUGCAUCGGGGAAAAGCUAGAUGAGAGGGAAGCUGGCAUCACUGAGAAGGUUGUUUUCGAGCAAACCAAGGUCAUCGCAGAUAAUGUGAAGGACUGGAACAAAGUUGUCCUGGCCUAUGAGCCUGUAUGGGCCAUUGGUACCGGCAAGACUGCAACACCCCAACAGGCCCAGGAAGUACAUGAGAAGCUCCGGGGAUGGCUUAAGUCCAAUGUCUCUGAUGCAGUGGCUCAGAGUACCCGUAUUAUUUAUGGAGGUUCUGUCACAGGGGCAACCUGCAAGGAGCUGGCAAGCCAGCCUGAUGUGGAUGGCUUUCUCGUGGGUGGCGCUUCCCUCAAGCCCGAAUUUGUGGACAUCAUCAAUGCCAAACAAUAGGCCCAUCCAUCUUCCCUACUCUUCCUGCUAAGCCAGGGAUUAGGUAGCCCUGAAGUCCAGUAACUGCCCCCACCCUGCACAUGCUUCUGAUGGUGUCAUCAGCACCCUCUCAUGGCCUAUUCCAAACUAUACCUUCCUUUACCGUUUAUACCUUCCCCCAUAAUGGUUGGGACCAGGCCACUCCCUCUCCACUCAGUAUGAUGGUUGGAACUAAACAUGUCACCAAGGUGGCUUUCUUGGCUGAGAGGUGGAAGGGGUAAAGCUUGCUUCUGGGUCCUCCCAGGCCCCAGUGAAGGCAGGAGAAAGAAACCAUCUUCCUCUCCCCUCUCACACCCUGAAGCCAGGUUCCUCUCCGUAGAGGCCGGGGGUGCUCCCCUCUCCCAUGGUGCCGAUGCCUGUGUGUUAUGUACGUGACCCAUCCCACGUGAGGGAAAUAAAACACCUGGCACUAA